CUGGAUAGUAUUUAUUGACAAACCAGAGAGUUCUGGGUCACAUUCUCAUUCUGUUUUUGGAUGCUUUAUCAGUUCACAUCUAAUAACUGUGAUAGGGUAGAACUCAGGACCAUUGUGUAAUCCAAAGAACAUUAUAACGUUUGUAUCAAAUAGUCCACCGUGUCGAUUUUAAUCGGUUGGUGACUAUCUGAACAACCACCUCAUUUAUAAUGUAUAUGACUCAAUGGCUUAGUUGUUCUGUACUUAUUUCAAGACCUAACCGUCCUGAGACAAACUCAAUCAUAUAUUCUAGCUCUUUAUAUUUGGUUGAGAAUCAUGUUCCUCAUAUAACAUGGCUCAGUCUGUGUAUUGCAUAUCUAUCAAGUAUCCCAUCUAGUCGUAGUAUAACCUCAGUCGCCGGUCGUGUUAUCGUACAAUGGUGGUAUGUCAUGACAAAUGAGAAUUAUUUUUAUUCCCCUGUUUUAUUGACUUGAGAAAAUGGUAACUGAAACUAGUUAGUAAUAAUUUUCUAGAUAAUAGCUGUUAGUGGAAUCCAAGGGGCAUGUUUUACCCAAUUUGGGGAUUUCCAGCUAUAUGUGCCAGUGAUGACCUUUAUAAUGAGACUAGAAUAGACUAUAGAUCAACUCAAAUACUAAUGUGUCAUUCGUUUAUCAGUAGUAUUUCUCUAGAGGAAAUCGAAUCUGGAGCUAAAUGUCAGAGUAUUAGCUAGUUAAAGAAAUCACAAUUACUAAUUAGUUUAAUUCGAGAUAUUAACAUAGUACAGGUAUUUUGCUUGAAUGAAACAAUUCACUAGCGAAAUCAACUUUAGUACAAUAAUUGAGGUAAUAUUCACUACACUAAUAUUUUUUUUAUUGAUUCCUUUUUGACCAAAAGACAAAUGGACACAUGCACACACAAUAAUAUCUCACAAAUGUAGUGGGAUCAUAGAAAAAUCAUUCAAACGUCUUGAAAAACUAUUUCAUUAUUUCUUUAUUGGUAGAAUUCCAGUUAAAAACAAAUCUGAAAUUGCGAUUAAGUCUAAAAUAGUUGACUGUUAUUCAAUCUAAUAGUAAGGUAAAUGCAAAUGUAAAUUAUAAGCCAAAUGUUUGGCUACUUAUUAUAAAAAGUAGUAUGACAUUGUUCAAAUCCAAUUAUUUAUGCUUUCCAAGAAAUGAUUUGGAUUAGUAUAGUUUUCAGUCUAACCAAAUAGUUGAUAUGAAUAGACUGAAUAUUUAAAAUUUCUAAACCGAAAAAUGGUCUUCAUCUUCAUUCGAAAGUUUGGGAGAGUAAUCAUAACGGUAACAGAUAUAUAAUUCGAAAUAACAAAAUAUUCAACUUCAUAUAAUGUCAGAUGUUAUAUGCAACUAUCAGUAAUUAAGAAUGAUGAAAGACAUCUAUAAUGUCCACAGUUAUAAAGAAUUCCGAAAUAUUUCUGAUAGUUCAGCAAUAUGAUUUUAUUCAAUUAUGGCGAAAUUAAAGCUAACAAAAGAACAAAGUUUGUUUGGACAAAACAAAUUAAUCAACUCACAAUAUUUGGUAGUCCUUAUCAAUUGCGUGAGCUAGAUAACUGUAUUAAACCAGUGAUACUAGCUAAAGCAGACAUUUUGUAAUUAAUUUCUGCUAUUAUUUGCAAUUCUUCAUUAAUUCUCAUAAUUUCUACAAUUACCGUUAUUGACUGUAAAAGUGUUAUUUUAAAAAACAUGGCCUUUGAUCUCCCGUUCCGUUUUUAGAUUACCUCAUACAUGACACAUUGAUUAUUCAUCACACAUCAGCGUCUGACGAAAAAAGAUUACAACAACCAUCAACAGCAUGUGAUCUGAGAGAUAAGAAACUACAACUCUUAAGGCAUAUGAGACAAUCGGUCGGUCUAUAUUAAUUAGAUGAAAUUUUAUUAAAACACAUGUGGCUACAACCGUUACUCCUUAAUGUAUGACAGAUUCCCAGUCUGUCAGGAAAAUCAGUUACUCUGGAGGAUCUAGCAAAUAUGGUAGACAAAGUGAUGGAAAUCUACCCUGGUGGCUACAGCUUAAACACUGCACAACUGAGACAGCAUUCUUAAUUAUUUAAACCAACCAACUCAUGGAACACCACGUAACGAUAAUCCAUGUGUCAUGCUACGGGGCGUUCGGAAACUGAACGGAAAGCCAAAGGUUAUUUUAUCAAACAACAAUUUUACAGUCAAUAAUGAUGUUUGUAAAGAUUAUAAUAAUUAAUGAGAAAUUGAAGAUAAUAGCAAACAUUACUUACAAAAUAAGUAUUUUACCUAUCUAUGGUGUUUGUAUGGACUAAUGAUUCCUUUUACUUGAUGACUGCCUGAUUUCGAACUCCAAAUACAAUACAUUCGAUUGCGUUCAUAUAGUUCUUAUUGGAUAAAUUGCAUUAUUCUGGAGAUUCCUAGUUCGUAAAAUAAAUUCAAAUACUUUUAAUCAUCUCAUUGGCGUCGCAAUGGAGCCUGCGAUCUAACAGUCGGACAUUCAUUCAGAUUGUGAAGCUUUUGAAGAUUAUUUGGAAAGUUUUUAAAUCUGGAGCAUGACCAAGAAAGCUGUGGAGAGUUAUAAAAUUGUGGUAUAUUUCCUCAAAUUCAUUGAAAAAGAAGCCUACAGUUUAUUAAAAGCUUUUGCACUUCCGGAAAAGUAUAUCUCACUUCCUUAUGCAACAGUUAAGGAACUAUUAUUAAAUCAUGUAAAGUGCACCAGUUUCGUAUGUCGUGAGAGAGCAAAAUUUCAUAAGAUUAUUCUCCAGAAUAACCAGAAGGUUAGGGAAUCCAUCCUCGAAUUGCAAAAACAAGCUCCCAAAUGCAAUUUUGGUGGUCAAAUUCAUGUGCAGCUGCGGGGUCGACUAAUUUCAGAAAUCGACAUACCAGGUCUGGAAAGAGAGCUUUUAAGAAUACUGAACUGUUUCUAUCAAGAUGCUAGAAUUGUAUGUAUCAACUACGAAGCAAUGAAUGAACUUGAUAUCCAGUCGUUUAUAUUUCCGAAUUCUUUGCUCAGUAGCCAUAGUGAAAUACACUCUCAGGAUCGAUCAAACUCGCGUUUCUUUCAUAGUGAUCCCUAUUCUCGUGAAAAAGUAAAAGUUGAUUCAACAAGGAGUUGCAAAGCGGACCACAAAGGUGACCGCAAGUUUUGUAAGUGUUUAUCCUGUGGCAAAUUCCAUUCUCGUAAUUUAUGUGUAUUUCGUUAUGCUAAAUGUAUUAAAUGUUGUAAGAUUGGACACAUUUAGUCACGAUUAAAAAACUAUUGUCCAUUUUGCGUCAAGUAGUACUAAACCUUGUGAAGAAGAUACCAUUAAUUCAGGUGUCACUGAUAAUCAUUU